CCCACCUCUCUCCCUCUCCCCCCCUUCUCUCUCUUCAAUCAUCAUAAACAGCAGAAGCACAAGGAGGCGACUACGCUCUCCUCCUCCAGACUCCAGCCUUCUCUCCCUCUGUCUCCAAAUUCAUGGCGGACAAGGGUCGACCAUUGCCCAAGUUUGGUGAAUGGGAUGUCAAUGAUCCUGCAUCUGCAGAGGGAUUUACAGUUAUCUUCAACAAAGCUAGGAAUGAAAAGAAGGGAGGCGGCAAACCUGAGUCUCCUGCAAAAGAUGAGGACAGAUAUAAAAAUGGGGCUGUUCUUGGAAAGCCUCAAUCUAAAAGAUGGUUUUGCUGCAUACAAGCUGCACCUGCAGAAUAAAGAAGAAUCUUCUACAUUGUAAAAGCUCAGGAGCGAAGCAUUGUUUAUGUAUACCCUGCCCCAAGAUAUACAAAUCCAGAAGACUGGAGCUCAAUUCAGAGGCUAUGAUGGAUCCUGCUGGAACGUUUGUUGUGAAUUUAUUUAAGCUGUGGUGAUAUUGCGGGCUUAGAUAAGAAUAUGUUAAAAGAACAAUGUCUUUUGUUGUUGUUUAUGUUUAUGUAUGAUGGUUUGGUCCCGUUGCUCUCCCUACACUACUACAACUGUGACAUUACUAUUAUGACUUUUUUUUUUUUUUUGAGUGGAUGUUAAUUUUCCGUGUGUAUAAUAUUGAAGGGCCAGUUUCCAAA